CCACUACCUUGGCGUUACAAGCGCCGUGCUCUACCAGCUGAACUACAGAGGACCACAUAUAGCAAAUAUUACGGUAUCGGUGAGGAUGCACUGGCCACCGUGGAGAGCGUGGACCGUGUUGUCACGGUUGAGGAGGAUAAUGAGCCCACCCUGGACCAGGAGGACCCAGUCCUUGUUCAGUAUGUGGUUGAGGAGGUUGGGCACCGGCCCUGUCUGGCUUUAAUCCCUUGGUCUGGACCUCUGUGGGUUCCCAGCUCUCCAACAUAUUACCUUACCCAUGCUGGGAGGAUGCUGGUGAGAGAGCUGGCAGUGUUAAACACGCAGAUAUUCACAGUGGAGCAGCCCAUUUUCAUCUGUUUCACUCCUGCUAGGAGGAUGGUAUGGAAUGAACUGUCCUCUCAAAAUGAACAGUAUGUGGAUGAGGAGGUUGGGCACCGGUCCUGUCUGGCUUUAAUCCCUUGGUCUGGACCCUUGUGUGUUCCUAUCUUUCCUGUCUUCUCCAAGGCCAAACCAGUCUACUACCUCACUCGUGCUGGGAGAAUGCUGGUAACAGAGCUUGCAGUGUUAAACACACAGACUUCCAAAUUGGUUAUUGAGGAGCCUACCAUUCACCUCACUGAAGCUGGGAGGCUAGUGCUUGACGAACUGUCAGCACCUUCAGAUAGCCAUUCACAGCCAAAUAGGGAAGACUCUGGUUUUCCCUAUGAGAAGUUGCAGCUGGUUGGGAACUGGGGUUCGUUUCAUUUCCAUUACUGGAAUAUCCAUUAUGGACGAGUGCAGCAAAAUGAAGAGGACAUGCAUCACCUGUGCAUUGUGAGGGGAGUGGAGAAGCAGCUGUGGUGGAGCAGAGUCAUCCAGGAAAAAAUCCUGGACCCAUGGGGUCUCGUCCAGGUGGUCCUCACCAACAAGAAGCUGACUGGUAUUAAGUUCCUUGGUAGAAGGAUCCAUGGACUCAUGUCCUGCCUUGUCAAGAGGAGGUCUGAGUUCACCUAUUAUGAGGAUGCCCAGCAGGUGGAUAUCUCCACCACAGUGGAGGGGUACCAGGAGAGGGGGGAUGAGAUGAUGGCAUAUCAGUUCUCCACCUCUGACAUCAUCACCACCCCUCAUGAGCCGUCCUCUGGCUCCUCUCACCAGUUCCCCCAGAAUUCUCCGCCUCCCCCCUUUCCCUUCCGAUUCCCCUCCCAGUCCCCCUCCACCUUACCACUCCACCCAGGACCAGGACCAGACCCCUGACAGCACUCCUCAGGAGUUUGAGGAGGAGUUUGUGGAGGAGCAAAAUAAUGCUGCAGAUGUGCCCCAGUUGCGGCGUUACUUUGAAAACCAAGGGACAACCAACUU